AAGUGAAUUGAGAAAUAGAAGGAGCAAUAUUUACAUAGAGAGCUCGUGCUUAAACAUUCCUACAGAAAGGAACGCGCCUCUCUCUCUCUCUCUCUCUCUCUCUCUCUCUCUCUCUCUCUCUCUUUAUCUCUCUCUGUAUCAGCUGUGCGUAAAAAGACGAGGAACCAGUCAGACCACUCCAGACUAGAAAUGGCGACAGACCGGACCGAGACGACACUUAUGGAAGACGACGAGGAGGUUCAGUCAUCAGACUCGGACUUGUCUCUGGGUCUCAGCGGUAACAUCCCCAAGAGACACGCGCGAGUCACUGUCAAGUACAACCGAAAGGAGCUGCAGAAGCGGCUGGAUGUGGAGAAGUGGAUCGACGACAGUCUGGACCAGCUGUACGAGGGACAGGAGGGCGACAUGCCAGAGGAGGUGAACAUUGACGGUUUGAUUGAUUUGCCUGACGAUGAAGAACGAGUCAGGAAGUUACAGGAGCUUCUUAGAAACUGCAGAAACAACACAGAGACCUUCAUCAGAGAGCUAGUGGAGAAGCUGGAGGGCGUUCACAAACAGGAGGAGCUGCAGAGUGAGGGCAUCGAGCAUCCAGUUAUCUGCCACAGCCACUACCGCCACGAGCCGUACCACUUCAACAAUCCACACCAACAAGUGCACACCACCCGAGGACAGAACCAGACCCUCUGACAGCCCCACUUUCAAACACUAUACACACACACACACACACACACACACACACACACACACUACCACACACACAAACAAACACACACACACAGAGUCACACACCGUGGAGGGAGAAAUAAAUAUCUCUACACUAAACAUAAAACUACAGCCAAGGGCAAUUCCCCUAGCUUAGCAUAAAGGCUAAAACGUUUGAAACAGCAAGGAGGGCUGUCUUUUAGAGCAGCUCUCUUAACUUCUGUUCCGACUGGGCAUGAAUCAAAUAUUACUGAUGUUAAAUGCAGAAGUAUGACAGCAAGUUAACUUGUGUGCAUUCAUGUUGGUUAAACUCAACCUGAGAAUAUUUGCACUUCCAGACACAGCAGGUUCAGUAGCAUAACAUCACCUUGAGGCACACCUCAAGGUGAUGCUCAUAUUUAUAGAGGGACUACAACUACAGGUGAUGUGGUUCAUAUGAUAUAACAUAUAGAGAUGGACGCCAUGACAGCUCCUCAAGAAUGAAGCCAACAUUUAAAGCUCCCCCUGGUGACUGGUUGCAGUAUAGGCCAUAAAGCUGUCUCCUCCAUGUUAACUAAUGGGACAAGUUAAGUCAAACUAUAAAACCAUAAUUAAUAUAUGUUGAAUAAAUAUUUGUCAAACAUGG